AGGUGAAAGUCUCUCAGUGGGCUUCAAGUGCAUGCACUCUUUCUCUCUCUCUCUCUCUCUCUCUCUCUCUCUCUCUCUCUUUCUUGACUUCCAUUUGCUGUAGUAAUCUCUCUCUCUCUCUCUCUCUCUCUCUCUCUCUCUUGACUUCCAUUUGCUGUAGUAAUCUCUCUCUCUCUCUCUCUCUCUCUCUCUCUCUCUCUCUCUCUCUCUCUCUCUCUCCCCUUUUUCUCUAUCUCCCUCUAGUGCUUCACUCAUCCUGAAGACUUUUUCCUACUUUUCCCCAAUUUUCUGAUUCUCCCCCCUUUUUCUGGCUUUGUCUUUCUACCUCAUUGAUUCACCCAAAUUCCAUUCCAUUCAAUCACUAAAAAACCCAGAAAUCAAUCAAUCUCGUUCUCUCUCUAAAGUGAUGGAAGCACCAAAGCCAGAAGAGAUAAGUCAUCCUCCCAUGGACCAGCUCCAAGGCCUAGAGUACUGUAUCGACUCCAAUCCUUCUUGGGGGGAGGCGAUAGCCCUUGGAUUCCAACAUUACAUCUUGGCAUUGGGGACUGCUGUGAUGAUCCCCACGUUUCUGGUCCCUUUGAUGGGUGGAACUGAUAAUGAUAAAGUGAGGGUAGUUCAAACGCUGCUUUUUGUUGAAGGAAUUAAUACACUCCUACAAACACUAUUUGGGACCCGAUUGCCGACUGUGAUCGGAGGAUCAUGGGCGUUCAUGGUCCCUAUUAUUUCCAUCAUUCAUGAUUCGUCGUUGGUGGCGAUAGAUGACCCACAUUUGAGAUUUCUCAGCACAAUGAGAGCUAUACAAGGCGCUCUAAUAGUAGCAUCGAGCGUGCAGAUCAUACUGGGUUACAGUCAAUUGUGGGGUAUUUUUUCCAGGUUUUUUAGCCCUCUUGGAAUGGUUCCAGUAAUAUCAUUAGUGGGGUUCGGUCUAUUCGAUAGAGGCUUUCCAGUGGUAGGAAGGUGCGCGGAAAUUGGCAUUCCUAUGUUGAUCCUGUUUGUUGCCUUCUCUCAGUAUUUAAAACAUUUCCAAACAAAACAACUGCCUAUAUUGGAGCGAUUCGCUCUUCUGAUAUCAGUCACAGUCAUAUGGGCAUAUGCACACCUUCUGACAGCCAGUGGUGCAUACAAACAUCGGCCGGAGUUGACCCAAACCCAUUGCCGGACCGAUAGAGCGAAUCUCAUUUCUUCUGCACCAUGGAUAAAGAUUCCAUACCCUUUACAGUGGGGUGCACCUACUUUUGAUGCUGGUCAUGCUUUUGGGAUGAUGGCCGCUGUAUUUGUCUCCAUGAUCGAGUCAACGGGUGCAUUUAAGGCAGCGUCUCGACUAGCAAGUGCCACACCACCUCCAGCUCAUGUUCUUAGCCGCGGUAUUGGCUGGCAGGGUAUUGGAAUUCUUUUUGAUGGGCUUUUUGGGACAGUUACCGGAUCAACAGUUUCUGUAGAAAAUGUAGGUCUUUUGGGAACCACACGUGUUGGAAGCCGCAGAGUAAUACAAAUUGCAGCCGGUUUUAUGAUCUUCUUCUCGAUUUUAGGGAAGUUUGGAGCUCUAUUUGCCUCAAUUCCAUUCACUAUCUUUGCAGCUCUAUACUGCGUAUUCUUUGGUCUUGUUGCCUCUGUAGGACUGUCUUUCCUGCAAUUCACAAACAUGAACUCAUUGAGGAACCUCUUCAUCACUGGUGUUUCCAUGUUCCUUGGUUUGUCAAUUCCUGAGUACUUUAGGGAAUACACUGCCGGUGCUCUUCAUGGCCCUGCUCAUACCAAGGCUGGAUGGUUUAAUGAUUUCCUCAAUACCGUCUUCCUAUCCUCCCCAACUGUAGCAUUAAUCGUCGCUGUUUUCUUGGACAACACACUUGACUACAAGGACAGUGCCAGAGACAGGGGGAUGCCGUGGUGGGCAAAGUUCAGGGCAUUCAAAGGAGACAGUCGGAAUGAGGAGUUUUACACCCUCCCUUUCAAUCUCCAACGUUUCUUCCCUCCAUCUUAGUGUUUCUGUCAUUAGUUUAGGCAAGAGUUGUACAAGAGCAAAUUCGUUAUUCAUUUGAGAGAGAGAAUUCGUGUGAAGAGAGCUAGAGGAUUACAAUGAUCCUCACAGAAAAGAGUGAGAUGGAGCUACAAAAUAUGUUUUCAACUUAAUAGUGAAUGACAUCUUCGCUUUCUUUGUCA